AUGUUUGUUCCAUUUAUUCUUCUAUUCUUUUUGUUUUACAAAACGUCGAGUAGAAUUUGUACUGUUAUGACUUGUGAUGAAUUUAAUCAAUUGUCUGAUUGUACUUUGAUUUCUAUUGAUAACUCAACUUUUACUAUUGAUGUUUUAUGUUUGAAUGACACAAAAAAUUUACCUCCAAUCAAUUUAGGAAAUUCAUCUACACUUAUUAUUGAAGAUGGCGCAUUUCAAUAUAUUUCUUCUAUUUCAAUUAAAGAUGCUUCAUUUGUAACAAUACAAGGAACAUUAUAUAUAUCUAAUAAUCAACUAUUACAACUUGGGUCAAAUGUAAUAUUAUCAAUUAAUGGUUCAAUUAUAGUAAAUUCUAUACUUUUUAAUAUGAAUAAUCUAAACAUUAUUCUUAAUGAAGGUGGACAUUUUAUCAUUUAUAAUUCAUAUGUGUCAUUUCUUAAUACAAAAAUUACUUCAAUAACUCAUGCAUUUUUUAUCAUUCAAGAACAUUGUUCUUUAACUUUUUUGGAUACUUCUAUUUCAAUUCUACAAAUGAAUGUUUUAGGUUCAAGUAUACUUGAUUUGACAAAGUGUUCUGUAAAUUCUAUUUCACUAACUCUUUUUAAUGAUUCAUCUUUACAAAUUCAUCAAUCCACUUUUAUUACUUCAGAAAUUACACUUAAAGAUUCUAGUCAAAUUAUAUUGGAAGAAUCAUCCUUCCAAUUAACUUUUCUUCAUUUGUUUAAUCAAUCAAUUCUUUCUAGUGAUACUUAUAGCAUUAUUUCAAAAACACAACAACUUGUCUUAAGUGGAAAAUCAAUUUUAACAAUAAAUAAUGGUAUUUUAUCAGAUAUUGAAUCAGUUAUAUUAUUUGGAGACUCUCAACUGAUUGUAAAUGAUUGUGAUAUUAAUUUAAAAACAAUUCAAUUGUACGACAAAAGUCAAAUUGUUUUCUCUGGAACAACUCAAUUGAAUAAUGAUUCUCCUUCUUCUGGUAUUCAUUUCUUUCUCUUUAAUUCUUCUAAAACUCAAUUACAAAAUAAUACCUCUGGAUAUAUUGGGUCUAUUCAACAAUUUAAUAUCUCUUUAUUUUUUAUUUCUGACAAUGUUGUGAUUUCUUCUCUUUAUGAUGAUCCUUUCACUAUUGAUAUGUAUGAAAACUCAAUGUUUUGGUUAUAUGGAUUAUCUCAAAUGUCAUUAGACAAUCUUACUUUACAUAACCAUUCAACUAUGCAUUUUUAUGAUAAUUAUUUCAUUGAAGUUAAACAAAUCAAUACGUAUGAUUAUUCAAAUAUUAUAUUAUUUGACAAUGGAAUGUUAACACUUCAUACAUUGGUAGCUACUAAACAUUCUACAAUUAUUUUAAAUGGAGAAUGUUGGAUUAUUGCAAACUCUAUAUUACUGGAAGGUUCAAGUAAUUUCUUUCAAAAUUUUAAGUCAUAUGUACUUUCUACUAGUUUUAUUAAUAUGAUUGAUUCUAGUUCAUGGUAUCUCCAAGAAGAUUCUUUUUUCUCUUGUGAGAGAUUUAGUAUGACAGACACAACACAUCUUCAUUUUAAUACCUCAAAAAAGAUACAAAUACAAAGUAGUUUUGAUUGUAAAGAAGAAUGUUAUUCAAUUUCACUUAGUGGUUCUUGUAUAAUUAAUAUAACAAGAACAAUUGAAGAAACUGUUGUAUUUGAGAAAACAGAAACUGAAGUAUAUCUUGGAAAUGAUAUUAUUAUAUUAAAUGAAUAUGAAGAAUGUACUAAUCUUAUAUUUGAUGAAUAUAAAGGAUUUCAAAAGAAUAAAAACCCACAUACUGUGCUUUUAUCUAAUGGUAAAAUACUUAGGUAUUGUCCUAAUAAUAUGGAUAUUACAAUGAAAUGUAUUAUGAAUGGAACUGAGUGGAUGAAUGAAUAUAACAAAAAUUAUCUUACAUCAAAGAAUUUAAAAUAUUCAUUCACUCAAAAAUAUUGUCCAUGUUCUGGUAAUAAUUGUUAUAUUUCUUCUUUAAAUGAUAAAGUUAUUAUAAAUGGUGGUGAUGUUAAUGCUAAUUUUAUAGAUAGAAAAGUAAAUCUUAUUAUGAAUUCUAAUUUCUAUCAACAAACAAUUCAUGGAUUUAUUGGCAGUGUUACCUUUCCAAAUAAAAUCACUAUAUAUCCACUUUGUGAAGUAAUAGGUAAAAAUGGAGUUGUUUCAAUAGAUGGAGAUCUUUUUAAAUAUCAAGUUGAUUGUUCUUCAGAUGAUAAUAACCUUAAAUUAACAAGAAAACAUGAACUUCCAAGUUCAUUAUUUAAAUGGAAUGACCAAACAAUUGAAAUUAAAAGUGAAAUUGGAGUUAUUCUAUAUUAUAAAGAUAAUUUUAAUAUUCUUAAAAAUUACAAUAUUCAAGGUUCUGUUCCUAUAAUUAUUAAAACAUACAAUGGAAUGAUAGAUCAAAAUACAAAUGAAUUAUGUGACUUUGGUAUUUAUGAAAAUGAUCAAUUUAAUUGUCUUAGAAAGAAAAUUAUUCAAUGUGAUUCUGGUUAUUAUUAUGAAUCUAAUGGAUGUAAACAAUGUACUAUUGAUCAUUGUAAAUAUUGCACUUCUUCAGAUUGUUUAUUAUGUAAUGAUAAUUAUCAAUUAAAAGAUAGUAAAUGUGUGUUUGUAAAUUCUUCUAUAUGUUUGAAAUUUACUAAUAAUCAUUGUUCUUAUUGUUCUUUUGGUGGUGUUACAAAUGGACAAUGUUCUAAAUGUGAAUGUGAAUAUUGUGCUGAUUGUUAUGAAGGAAAAUGUUAUCGUUGUGAAGAUUCAUUUGAUGGAAUUUUAGAGAAUAAUCAAUGUAUUAAAAAAGAAGGUACAGAAUAUAAAUCAGCAACUACAAUUGUUUCAUGUUCAACUACACAUUUUCUUAAUAAGAAUAUUUGUGAGAAUUGUACUUCUAGUAAUUCUAAAAGUGAAAUAUGUGAAAAUAAUAGAAUAUUAAAAUGUGGAUAUGGCUCAUUACUGAAUGAAAAAGGAAGUUGCGUUUCUGUAAUUAAUGGGGUAGUAGAAAAAGAUGGAAUUAUUAAAUGUGAUGAUGGAUUUUCUUUGGUUCAAGGGGUAUGUGUUCACACUCAAGAUGAAUGUGAGAAAAUGAUUAAUGGAAAGUGUUUAGAAUGUAAAUAUUCUUAUGGACAAUAUCUUUACACAACUCAAACACUAAAUUGUAAAAAUAAAGUAAAUCAUUGUCAAGUUCAAAGCAAAUUUGGAUGUCAAAGAUGUGAUGAUGGAUAUUUUUUACAAGAAGGGUUAUGUAUUACUUGUGAUGAAAGAUGUUUGACAUGUACUAAUACUUCAACAUAUUGUCUAAGUUGUAAAGAAGGAUAUUUUAUUGAUGAUCAUCAAUGCAGAGAUAAUAUAGAAAUGCAAGAAAGUUGUAAAUUAUAUACAGCAACUGGAAAGUGUGUAAAAUGUCAUGAUAAAUACUAUAUUUAUGAUUUUGGAUGUUUUCCAUGUAAAGAAGAAUGUAAUACAUGUACAGAUGAUCAAAGUUGUAUUGAAUGUAAUGAUACAAUGUAUAAGAAUCAAAAUAAUGAAUGUAAAUUUAGAAAUGAAAUUCAUGGAUGUAAAAGUAAUAUUACUUCUAAAGGAUGUGAUAGUUGUGAAGAUGGAUAUUAUCUUGUUUUUAAUGAAUGUUUUAAAUGUGGUAAUCAUUGUAAGAAAUGCAAGAAUAUUGAAAAUUGUCAAGUAUGUGAAAAUAAUUACAUUUUAAACUCUUUGACACUUAGUUGUGUCUCAAUGAGUUUUGUAGAUCAUUGUAUCAAAACUGAAAACUCUAAAUGCUCUCAUUGUUCAUUUAGAUAUAAAUUGAAUGAAAAUAAAGAAAGUUGUAUACCUAAUGUUGUUUGGUGGAUUGUUUUAUUAGAAAUUAUCACAGCAAUACUCAUACUAAUUAUAAUAGUUAGUAUUGUUUGUGUUGUUACUAAAGUAUUUAUUUACAAUGUUUUUCUAAAACAAAAGUCUAUUAUAAUGAAUAUAAAGAAACUAAAGAUUCAAAUGAAUGUUCAUGCAACAUCAGACAUUAUGAUAUCAACUGAAUCAAUUCAAUUUAAAACUCUUGAUAAUUUAUUAAGUGUUGACACAAUAAAUUAUGCUUCAUUUUAUAUUGGAAAUAUAUCUAACUCUAAAAAAGAAGUUAUCAUUAAUUGUCCUUUCAUUAAUGAUUAUAAGUACCAAAUGACAAUAUAUCCCGAAUGUGUUAAUCUAAAACCAAAUAAAUGUUGUCAUGUUAAAGUAUCACUUCUUCCUUAUUGUACUUGUUUGAUUAAUGAUACAAUCUCAUUGUAUGAAGUAGAUAGUCUAAAUAAAAAGAGAUUAAUCUAUACAUUACCAAUUAAAGCUCAAACAGAACUUUCACCAAAACUUGAUAUUGCUGAUGUCAUUGAACAAAAAAUUAUUGGAGAAGGGAGAUUUGGAGUUAUUAGCAAAGGAAGUUAUAAAGGAAUUCCUGUUGCAAUAAAAAGAUUAAAAGAAUUUUCAUUUAAUACAGAAAAAUCACUUAACACAGACUUUACAAAAGAAGUUGAAAUGUUAUAUAAAAUAAGAUGUGAUUAUAUUGUUCAUUUUUAUGGGGCAUUAUGUUUUGAUUUCAAUAAAAGUAUUAUCAUGGAAUAUGCACCAUUUGGUUCUUUAAGAAAUUUGAUUAUUAAGAAAAAUCUUAAUACACAAAUUAAUAAACAAUCAAGAAUCAAAUUUAUUAUAGACGCUGCUAAAGGCAUUCAAUAUCUUCAUAAUAAUGGUAUUCUUCAUCGUGACAUUAAACCAGAAAAUAUCCUUAUUAUGUCUCUUGAUACAAAUAAUGUAUCAGUAUGUGCUAAAUUAACUGACUUUGGAAGUGCAAGAAAUAUAAAUAUGCUCCAAACAAAUAUGACUUUUACCACAGGAGUUGGUAGUCCAGCAUUUAUGGCACCAGAAAUAUUAUUACUUCAAAAAUAUAAAAAACCAGCUGAUAUUUAUGCUUUUGCAAUAACAAUGUACGAGACUAUGAAAUGGGGAGGAGCUUACGAUAAUUGGGAUGGAUUGUUUGAAUAUCCAUGGCAAAUAGCUGAAUUUGUUGUGUCAGGAAAAAGACUUGAGAAACCUGAAGGUAUGGAAGAUAACAUCUUUUUAAUUAUUUCUAAGUGUUGGAAUAAUAACCCUCAACAACGAUUAGAUAUUACAACAUUGAUCGAAUUAUUAACAAAUGUAUGA